GCUCGGGUGGCAGCCGGCGCUGCCGUGCCAGCCGUAUCCCGGUGCGGACCGGGGGCCGACCGAAGCCCGGCCGGCGAGAGGAGUUUCAUGAGUCGCGCCUGAGCUACGACAGCUCCGACUGUCAGCUGGACGUGCCCCGGCUGCCGCUGCCGCUCUCGCAGCUAUCGCUGAUCGACGUCAACGAUAACCGGGCCCUGCUUUUGGACGCCAGUGCGCCCUCCCUGCUCGAGCACGAGUAUCAUGGCAGCACCGACCAUCGAAACGACCUGAUUGUUCUCGAGGAUAACACAUCAUCUCUUUCCCUGCAGAUGCCAAGCCCGCGCGUGGCCAGAGCGCCGCCCGAGCGAGUACAGGUCCCGCCGCGUCACGUCGAGUACACGCCCAACCUGAAGCCCUACCCGCGCCACUACAUCCGCCUCGGCCGGCUCGGACCCGACCCGCACACCGUCCGCCAGAGGCAAGACAAGGUGCGACGGCAGCAGGCGUACGCCGAGCAGGUGGCGCGGAAGAACCGGUCGACAGUGCGCCAGAAGGGGCACCUGUAUUCGCAGCCGCCGCCAGCCGCCAGCCAGUCCUCCCACCACAAGAUGGUGAAGUACGCAAAGACCGUGCCGAAGCCCAAGGUGAAGCCGCAGUCAGCGUCAGCGAGACGAGCGUCGCCGGAGGUAUCACCGAUGUCCAAGAUCCGUCAGCUGUUGGCAGAGAGCGGCUUCACGAAUCCCGACGCGGCGGCCGACAACCAAUCAGCAACCGGAACGGACAGCAGCCCGACGCGCGCCGUAUGUCCGAUCUCCAAGCCGCCGCCGGCUGGUCGGUCCGGCGCGACCCGGCGCUCCGGUGGCUGCGUGACGAAGACUUCCACAGUCCCGCGGUCCGGCCGGGGCCUUGGGUUCGGUGGCAGCAUCGCCGAGGCUCCCGCGAUGCUGCAGUCCGGCGCGGCGCGGUGGCCCGCGCCCGGUCUACUGCGCCGCGACGACUCGCGCACCACGCUGAGCGCCGCCUCGGACGGCGAGAGCGACUACUCGGCCGACUCGCUGACCGAGUCGACGCCGCACGACGCGGGCGUGGCGCACAAAGACCCGCUGGUGGUGGACAUUGGGCUGCCACAGGGCGGCGGCCGCGCGCCGCGGGCCUCCUCGCGGUCGCGGCUGCGUGGCCUCUCGCCCGACUCGCUGACUGGCUCACCACGCGACGCCGACCGCCGAGGCCGCGUCGACGAGCUGGCGUGCCAGGCAGAGGCGAUUCAGCGGCUGCGUGAGCGGCACCUGCGUGACAAGCGGCGCGUGGACGAGCUGCUGACGGGAUCGCUCACCCGGCUGUAG